UUAGUUGAGUAUUGAAGUUUGUAUUUUCAAGUCUGUGUGUUCAUCAGCCAAUCAGUCUCUUUAGAAGUGUUUUCUUCUUCGUAUUUGACCACAUAGGCACAGGGUCAUGGAAGACCGGAGAAACAGUGGUAUUGAUGGUAGUGACCAGCAAACGGGACAUGCGCAACAAGAGUCCGAUGCCGAUCUGUUCUCCUACCUGAAUUACCCGACGGCACGGGACCCUACUAACGCACAAAGAGAGCACGAUAUUUUGGAUGAAAUAAUCGACGGAUUGCCAGGUCCUGCUGUCGGCGUUGAAACGAGCUUUACGGAUAUAGCGCGGAACGCUGGACAGCUGGAAGACGUUCACGGGCCCACGCUGAAAUCCAAUCCACACAUUACCAAUUCGGUGCAGGCCACCAGCAUGUUACAGGGACAAUAUAAUGCACCCUAUCAGAUUCCAAAGUUGGGUGGUAACGUUAUAGGAGGAGUGUAUACCUCGCCAAGCACUUCCGCACCGCCAAUGCCAUCUGUUCGCCCAGUGGGAAGUGUUCCUUCUUUAGGACUUCCUUCGGAAACCUCCUUCCCAAAAGAACCUUCUCAUGAAGCGAUCGGUACUCAGAGCAGCGACCAGCAAAAAGAACAUUUGACCGAAUUUGUAUCCAAUGAUUAUGAUAGGUAUUGGAGCCAAGACAAAAUGAAAGAGCUGGACAUCUACCUCAACGAAGACCCAUUUGCCGCAUCAUCUAGUACCAACCAGGGCCACGAAACACGUAGUCGGUCCUCAGAGAUUGUGACUAACAUGGCCACAUGGGGUACUUCCACUCCUAGGAUUGCUGCUGCAACAAUGCACCAGGAAGCGGAAGACGCUCACUGGCCCACGCUGGAAUCCAAACCACACAUUACCGAUUCGGUGCAGGCCACCAGCAUGUUACAGGGACAAUAUAGCACACACAAUCAGAUUCCGAAGUUGGAUGGUAUAGGAGGAGUGUAUACCUCGCCAUACAUAACCGCACCGGCAAUGCCAUUUGUUCGCCCAGUUGGACGUUUCCCUCUUUCCUUCCCAAAAAGACCUGCUCAGGGAGCGAUCGGUACUCAGAUUGGCGAUCAGCAGCAGGAACGUUGGACAGAUGUGGUAUCAGAUUAUUCGAAUGAUGCUGAUAUGCGUUGGAGUCAAAAACAAACCAGACAGUUACACAAUCACCUCCAUGGAGACGCACAGCUGACAUCGACAGCGAUUGCAUCUUCCGCUGGCAUUCCGUUUGGUCGUAUGGGAAGUUCUGAAAAGCAAAGACAAGAUCCGUUUAAGGAAGGGGAUGGGAACGAAAGUCAAUUAGAACCCAGGCAUGACGUCCUGCAUCAGUCCACAGGGUCUCCGGCUACCACUACCGUUUCCAAACAAGCCAAGCUCUCUAAGUAUAAAACGUUGCACAAGUGUCAGCAUUGCCCGAAGGAGUUGCGUAGUCUAUCUGUACUACGUCUCCAUGAACAUAUUCACACAGGUGAAAGGCCUUACAAGUGCAAGACAUGUGAUGCAUCGUUCAAGCAUCCAUCCAAUCUACGUGCACACGUGCGCAUUCACACAGAGGAGAGGCCUUACAAGUGUGAGACAUGUGAAUUAUCGUUUAAGCAGCGGUCCUAUCUUCGUGUUCAUGAACGUAUUCAUACUAGAGAGGGGCCUUACAAAUGCAAGACAUGUCGAAAAUCGUUCACGCAGUUAUCAAUUCUACAUGCUCAUGAACGAUUUCACACACUGGAUCUUUCAUAAAUGAGCAAGUCGUGUAGAUCGUAUUUCAACAGACCAAGUAAUCGACCUGAACGAGAACGUGAAUAUUCAAGAAAGAGGUUAUUCACAGAAUUCUCAAAGUCGUGUGCUCCUGCCCGAACUCACACAGAGGACAAACUUCAUUUACAAUAUGCGAACAAAUUAGUCUCGAACUCACUGCAUGAUGAUCUGCUCAUAUAUAUAUACAGGUUUGAAAGCGAUCAGUACUAUAAUCUACUUCACCUAGGUGCAUACUUUACUUGAAGAAACAUUUACGCCACUCGACCACAUUGAUCAUAACGACCAAUUAUUGUCUGUUGUCUCGGUUUGGGAAUAUCUCCUUGUUUGCUAUAAAAUACAAAAUCACACCUCUGCAUAGCCACAGCCCACCUCCUGACCAUCCUGUUACAAGUAGGAAAAUAGUUUUUACAUCACAAACAUCUUUGUUUUCAGCUUACGUCUCGUCACUGUCACAGCAGCAGUACGUAAUACACCCCUGCACACAUCUAUCAUAAAACAUUGCCUGCGAAUCAGUUCUUCCCCGAAAUCAUUUUUUUGCAUUCUUUAUCCAUCAUACAUCCCAAUUUGGUCCCGUACAACUCAAUCCCGGAGCUAUGUACAGUGGAAUGUGCUUAAAUUAUCACUUUUGUCUGUUAUUUCAGUUCUUUAAAAACAGGGUUAUAACGUUACUGCCUGAUAAACAAUUCCUAAAGCCGGCUAAACUUGUGCUCAUUUUUUUGUGGGACCAAUUCCUCCACCUAAAUGAUCGAUUUGUGAAG